AUGCCCAGUGUCACACCUGGAGAUUUUGGUCACUCCUCUGAGCUGGCGUUCGUUGUGGAGCCCAGCGAUGACAUAGCGGUGCAGGAGCAGCCCUUGAUCCUCUACUGCCAGGUGGAAGGCAUCCAGCCCAUCACCAUCACGUGGCGGAAGAACGGCGCCAUGAUCGUGGACAGCGAGAACGCCUUCAUGUUGGCCAACGGCUCGCUGUACGUCUCCCGCUUCCAGAGGGUCCGGGGAGACGGCUCCUCUGAUGAGGGCGAGUACGACUGCAUGGCACAAAACCAUUAUGGGCUGGUGGUGAGCCGGAAGGCGAAGAUCCAGGCAGCGACCAUGUCUGACUUCCACAUCCACCCUCAGAAUGCAGUGGUGGAGGAAGGGGGUGUUGCAAGGUUCCAGUGCCAGAUUCAUGGUCGCUUUUCCUCCUGCUGCAGGUACACACUGCUUCCCAAGGGGGUCCUCCAGAUUACAGGACUAAGAGCAGAAGACAGUGGGAUUUUUCACUGUGUUGCCACCAAUAUUGCUAAUGUGAAGUUCAGCCGGGAGGCCAGGCUCACUGUGUCAGGCUCCCACUCCACCGUUUACAAGGACCCCAUGAUUCUCGUUGGACCGGAGAACCUCACACUGACGGUGCAUCAGACUGCAGUGCUGGAGUGCAUCGCGACAGGCAACCCCCGGCCACUCGUCUCCUGGAGCCGCCUAGACGGCCGCCCAAUUGGUGUGGAGGGAAUCCAGGUUCUGGGGACAGGAAAUCUCAUGAUCUCAGACCUCAGUGUGCAGCAUUCCGGCAUCUACGUGUGUGCUGCGAACAAACCUGGCACUCGGGUGCGAAGGACUGCUCAGGGCAGGCUCGUUGUACAAGCACCUGCAGAGUUCGUGCAGCAUCCCCAGUCCAUCUCCAGGCCCGUGGGGACCACGGCCAUCUUCACGUGCGUGGCCCAAGGGGAGCCCCCCCCGCAGAUCACUUGGCUGAGGAAUGGGCAGAUCCUGGAGACGAGCGACCACAUCAAGCUGAAGAAUAACAACAGCACUCUGUCCAUCUAUGGGAUCAACCAGGCGGAUGAAGCCAUCUACCAAUGCAUCGCCGAGAACAGCGCCGGCUCCACGCAGGCCAGCGCCCGCCUGACGGUCCUGUGGGCAGAAGGGCUGCCUGGACCCCCGCAGAGCGUGAGGGCCGAGACGGUCUCUGCCACUACCAUCCAGGUGUCCUGGGAGGAGCCUCUGCAGAACACCAAGGAGAUCAUCGGCUACGUGCUGCACAUCCGGAAAGCUGCAGAUCCCGUGGAGAUGGAGUACCAGGAGGCUGUUAGCAAGAGCACCUUCCAACAGCUAGUGACUGAUUUAGAACCCUCGACCAGCUAUAGCUUCUAUAUAAAGGCUUACACCUCCCGGGGUGCCAGCAAAGCCUCAGAAGUCACAGUGGUGAGCACGCUGGGAGAAGUCCCAGCCAUGCCAUCCCUCUUUAUUAAAGUCAUUAACAGCACGGCCGUGCAGGCAACGUGGGAGCCCUCCAUCAAACUGGGCCAGCACGAAGGCUUCAAGCUCUACUACCGCAAAGUCCACCUCUCCCAGUACACAGGCCCGGUGCUGCUGGCCAGCAACGUCACGGCGUACAACAUUACCCACCUGGAUGCAUCAAUGGUGUAUGAGGUCAAACUCCUUGCCUAUAACCAGCAUGGGGAUGGAAACUCGACUGUCCGCUUUGUGUCCUUGAGGGAAACUGUGGAGAGGACAGUGCUGAACCCCCCGUGCGACUGCAUGAAGGAUGAACAGAACAACAAAACCUCUGCGACUGGUAUCAUCAUUGGGAUCCACAUCGGCGUCACGUGCAUCAUAUUCUGCGUCCUUUUCCUCAUGUUUGGGUACAGAGGAAGGCUGCUGAUGUGUAAAAACGUGCAGGAGCAGCUGUCGACUCCGCAGAUCCCGAGGAGCCAGAGGAGCGCUGCGGGGAUCAUCCUGAACGGGGCCGCCCGCAGGGACAGGGACGAGCGGGACCUGAACGGAAAGCAGCUGGACAUGAACGAGCUGGAGAGGUUGUUCCCAGCGUCACCAUGUCCAGAGCAGCAGGACAAGGGAAUAACGCCUGCUCACAGCCUGCCUGCCACCCACGACGACACCCAGAUAUCCACGUUGCCAAUGGACGAGUUCAGCAUUGUUGAGGAGCAGCCAGACUCUCCCCCAAAAAGCCCUCACAAUGGCAGCCCCGCUGCUUCGGCUCCCCACCACGGCCCUGCCAAUGAAGGAUAAACUGCCAAGACUCAAACCCUCUUGUAGGAGUUACCAGAAACCAAAACCGCAGCUGGUGAUGUCUUUACAAUGAUUCAUCAAUCUCAGGUCAAUUGAAGAUUUCUACAGUCUGAUUGUUAUUUUUUUGUUUUGCUU